UCUUCCUUCAGGUGCACGUGUAAGAACAACAUAAAUUGGGCUAAUUAUCGCUUUCAUUUGGACACUUGUCCACGGUUCUCAUGGCUCAUCAUCAUUCAUGUCAUUGUUCUGAAAAGUGAAAGUAAAGCAGCCUUAACAAUCUUUGAUUACAUCCUGACCUGUAGGCUACUACAUGUGUAACUACGCCUUCAGUCAACAAUAUAGCCUCGCGAUGGUAGGCUAAAUGAAUGUAGAAGAGAAGCUGUUCACAAAACGAAAGUGAGACUGAAGAUGUUUGUGGCGCGCCUGCUUGCACGGCUACAUGUGUAGUAACAAAGUUUUUUGUUUUCUGUGUCGAACCAAAGCUAAACUUCACGGGGAAACGCUGUGCAAGAAUGAUGAAAGCCUGAAGUUUCACUACCUCAACAUGCUAACCUAUGUUAUACUCUAAAUAGCGUAAUCACAGUGGACAGGCUUAGGUCAUGGCUACUUCCACUAGGGGGAGCUCCGGUGUUCCUCCACCAGUCAGAAUACCCUAUAGCCCCAUUCCAUCUGUAGCAUGAAAUUGUGCUUUCGUCCCAUCAUGCAUCUCUCCAGGAAAAGAUCUCUGCAGCUGAACAACUUGUUGGCCAUCAGUGGGGCCGUGCUGAUGGGACUCAGUAAAACUGCCCAGUCGUUUGAGUUGAUCAUGGCGGGGAGAUUUAUUUAUGGGAUUAACGCAGGCAUGGGCCUCUUGAUCCACAGCAUGUACCUGGUCGAGUGCUCCCCCAAGAGGGUAAGGACUAUGAUUGGUGUGACCAUAUCCUUGUAUAUCUCCAUUGGGAAGUUCACUGGUCAGCUCCUUGGCCUUAGUGAGCUACUGGGCACUAAAAAUGGCUGGCCCUGGUUGCUGGGUUUCGGAGGUGUCACUGGGCUGCUGCAGCUGCUGACUCUUCCCCUACUGCCAGAGUCACCCCGAUACCUGCUGCUAAUGAGGGAGGAUCGACAGGCCUGCGAGAAAGCCAUGGAACGUCUGUGGGGUCGUGGUCAGGACCACAGCUCUGAGAUGGAGGACAUGUUGGCGGAGGGUGCUGCUCAGAAAGGGGUUCGUGUGCGGGGGGUGAAGGAGCUGCUGACCGAGCCAUCAAUGCACAGACUUUACUUGGAAAUUCAACUAUUUUAUUUUAUUUGUUUGGUGUUUUUUUACGAGAGAGACCUGUUUAAGAAAGCUGGAAUUAACGACAGUCAGCAGCCUUACAUUGCACUUGGGACUGGCCUGUGUGAGCUUCUAGCCGGCACCAUCAGUAGUCUGGUGAUUGAGAAUGUUGGGAAAAAGAUACUGCUGUCCUUUGGGUACCUUAUCAUGGCUGGCGUCCUAGUCCUCCUUACAAUCACACUAUACCUUCAGAGCCAAGUGCCCUGGAUGUCCAACUUCAUCUUCAUCAUACUCUUCUGCAGCGGACCAAGUGCAACAACAGCGUCGCUCCCUGGUGACAUCUUCAAUCAGUCCUUUAAGGCAGCUGCGUACACUGUCAACGGCACCAUGAUGUGGACAUGCCUCUUGCUUGUGGGCAUGCUGUUCCCGUUCAUGGUGGACAACAUGGGCUACCUCUGCUUCCUCAUCUUCCUCGCCUUCUGUUUUGGCAUGGGGCUGUUCAUAUGCUUCAGCGUUCCUGAGACCAGGAACCGCACGGUGCUAGAAAUCGAUGCAGAAAAUCGAAAAAUACACAGCAGAACCUCGUUCCAGACCGCACCCGCUGUAGACACCACACCAACAGCAGAAACAGCAUUCUCAGAAACCCCCACUGGAGCCAACUGACCAACCAGUCCUGAGUGAUGGGGUGCGCAUCUAGCUUUUGACCUCAUCUAGACACAUCUUAGGGGACGAUCAGACAACAUGCGCUUUGCUGCUUGUAAAACUCGAGGUGCACUAUGUUUUUAUGACGAAGGGCACUUUUCCGCUUUGAGUUGAACUUUUAUUCAAUUCGAGGCGCUCAGGUCGCCUCUGCACAAACGUGAGGCGCAGCAGGCACACCAAACUCUUUCUCUGGGCGCAUAAACUGAGUGCAAAACGCUUACUGGCACUAUGAAACAACAUGAAAAAGGCGCACCUCCCUGCAAAAACCGCGUCCUGUCUGAUCGCCCACUUAUUCAACAAUUUACAAAGAAUAUAAAUACACUGCUUAUUAAUGUAAUGUUUACUCCGGAUUACACUUGACUUGAUGUUAUUUGCUAACUCCACCGCCUGUUCUUAUUUAUUAUUAUUAUUCCUUUCUCCGUUGGAUCAGUAAUUUACUUAAAAAAAACAGUGGACUGAAAUUUAAACCUCAAAUCAGUAUUGUAUGAAAAUAUGUGACUUGUGUUUACGUCUACAGUAACCUUCUUUAAACGUGCAGUCAGCGAUCCUACACGAUUUCAAGCCCAUAACAUUUUUUGUCACAUUGAGCAAUCAUCUCCUCAUGAUCUGCUAGCUGCCUAUUCCAUUAGUACACUAAAACUGUAAAAACGGUCUCUGUAGGCAGUCCCUGGAAAAACUGGAAACAAAGUGGGGGCCUGUUCCACAAACAAAAACUAAACCCUGUGUGGAGUUUUUCUGGGAAUACUGAAGGGAGGGGUAAACUACUGUAAAGGGAGAAAUUAGCACAAAGUGCUAAUUUUUCAUGUGUAUGAACAAUGGACAGGCUGGUGAAGAGUUAAAUGGUAAUGUUAUUAUUACAAACUCGAUUAAUCUGACUCCAUUUAAUUAAUAAUUUGUAUCUCGAAUCAAUUACCAAGUAACUAGUUUAUCAGCUAUGGCAGAGGGGGAAUGAGAGGGAUAGAGAGAAAGAGAGAGAGGGGCUGAGAGGUCAGAGAAAAGGCAAAAAAGGCUGAGCUGAGAAUAUUCUCCUCUUUUAUCAAUCACUUGCCCCCCCCCCGCCGCCAAAGGGCCUCUGUUAUCUGAGAGGGAUGGGUGUGGCCCAGGUGGAUAUCAUACCUUUAGACCAGUGGUCCCCAAACUACGGCCCGCCAACUCAUUUUGGGUGGCCCCCCAAAACAUGUCCGUGGUAUAUAGCAUCUGGCCAGCACGGAAGUACGACAUCGUCA